UGCCCUUUAGAAUCCGCGGGCACCGACGGAGGGAGCGGAGUCACCGGUUCUGUUCUUCACCUCUGUUUCUUCUUCUUCUUCGACUUUCAACAAUCAAAUUUGAAGAAAGAAAUCGUUUCAUUGCCGUCCUAAUUUAUCACUUUGGUUGAACUUUCUCUUAGCCUUUACGAGUAGCUGCAGCAGCAAUGGUGUUCAUCGGAUAAUUUCUCUUACAAGAACGUUUCUCGACUUCUUUUGAAUGUGGAUUUUUAAUUCACUGCUUCGAUAGCGACUUUCUCUUGGAAAUACGGGAUUUUGGAUAUUAGUAGAGGUUUGGAAGAUGGGGAACACGCUGGGAGGCGUUUGUUCGAAUGGAAUAGUUAAGGAUGAUUUCGUGACAGAGAAGAAAGCGAAAAUAUCUGAGGAUCGGAAAGGAAAUUCGUGUUUGAAUCCUGAUGCGAGUGAUCCGGAUGAACUGCCGCUGAAGCUUCGUUCUGGUGUGAUCUUAUUGCCCUCACCUCCAUCUAAGACAGGAAGCAAUAAGGUUGCACCAACGAACGCGCUAGGAGGGGCACGGAAAGCAGUUGAUUUCUUGAAAACUUUUGGAAAUAGUGUGUCAAAUAUGCACACAAACGGUGGGUUCUUUACAGGCAUGGCUUCAGAUGGUAGGGAGAUUUCCAUUUUGGCUUUUGAAGUAGCAAACACCAUAAGCAAAGUAGCCAAUUUAUCCCGAUCUCUCUCAGAAGACAACAUCCAGCUCCUCAAAAAGGAACUUUCACAAUCAGAAGGGAUGAAACAAUUAGUGUCAACAAAUGUUGAGGAAUUGCUAAGCAUUGCAGCUGCUGACAAAAGGCAGGAAUUUGAUGUGCUCUUACGGGAGGUUAUACGAUUUGGAAACAAAUGCAAGGAUCCACAGUGGCACAAUCUGGAUCAGUUCUUUUCAAGACUAGAUUUGAAUGAUUCGACUCAAAAACGAGCUCGAGAGGCAAGAGCAGCUAUGCAGGAGCUAACUGUCUUAGCUCAGUAUACUUCUGAAUUAUACCAUGAAAUACAAAUAUUGGAAAGAUUUGAGCAAGAUUAUAGACGGAAAGUGGACGAAGUGGAGUUCAUGAACCAAGCAGGAAUAGGAGAAAGCCUCUCAAUAUUCCAAGGAGAAUUAAACGUACAAAGAAAACUCGUAAGGAGCUUUCAAAUCAAAUGCCUUUGGUCCAGAAAUUUAGACGAGAUUGUGGAAAAGCUCGUCGUGGUUGUAACAUGGAUAAAUCAAGCAAUAGCCAAAGCAUUUGGAGACAAGAACACAGAUAAAACAUUGGUUAUAGAGGAGAGAAGUAUUGGCCAGAAACUGGGCUCUGUUGGUCUUGCCUUACAUUAUUCAAACAUAAUCAGCCAGAUAAAUCUCAUUGCAUGUCGCCCAACCUCCAUUCCUUCAAAUAUGAGGGAUGCAUUAUACAGGGCGCUGCCAACAAGUGUUAAAACAGCUCUGCGCUCUCGAUUGCAGGCUGUGGAUGCCAGUGAGGAGGAGCCAACUUAUCUUGGUGUCAAAGUUGAAAUGGAUAAGAUCCUUCGAUGGCUUGUUCCUAUAGCUGUAAACACAACCAAAGCACAUCAAGCUUGUGGCCGGAUUGGAGAAUGGGCAUCUCAAAGUAAGGAACAGAGCAAAGGUAGAGCCACACAGAGCAACCCAAUACGCCUUCAAACGCUGUACCACGCAGACAAAGCGAAAACAGAGCAACAAAUUAUCGAGCUGGUCACAUUGCUCCACCAUCUCAUCCAUUUAGCUAAACACCAACAACAACGCUUAACAUCUCUCCGCUGCCGAUCUCCUACUCCUAAGGAAAUGGCAAUUACUCAGCCAAAUAAAUCUCGUCGGAUUCAAUACAAUAGCCAGUUCAUCAAAACCAGCAAGGACGGAGCUCCAGCCGACAGCAACAGACCUUCGGCCGGUCAAACUCCGAUCACAAAGAGGAAUUUCAGCAACAGAAGGUACGGGAACCUCUAGCACUGAGAAUAAAGAUAAAGGGAUUUGAACUUUUAAGUAAAGGGGUUUCGGUUUUGACCUUGAAUUCUCUUGGUAGUUUAGAUUUAAGCUGAAAGGAAACAAUGGGUUAGUGUAGAUAUUAAAAAAAAAAAAAAAAAAAA